AUGAACCUUACUCUUUACGGACCUUACACCAACGACACCGAGAACCCUGCUCUUUUUGAGACUUUCAAGCCGAAAAUCGAGGCGUACAACAAGAAAUUGGCCGACAAUAUCUUGGACGAGUACAAGCUCCCGGAGGACCUUAUCCCCACCGAGCUUGGACUCGACGUCACCCCGAUUGCCAAGAAGUUCUUGUCCAAGGAAGAGUUCGCCAUCACGGAGACCACCGCCACCAAGCUGGCUUCCGAGAUUGCUUCCGGAAAACUGACUGCUGUUGAGGUGUUCAAGGCCUUCGCCAAGCGUGCAACCGCCUGCCACCAGCUCGUAAACUGCGCCAUGGAGCUCUUCAUUGACGAAGGACUCGAGAGAGCCAAGGAGCUCGAUGAGUACUACCAAAAGACCGGCAAAACCGUCGGUCCUUUGCACGGGCUCCCAAUCUCCAUCAAGGAGCACUAUGCCUAUAAGGACAAGGUCACCCACGCUGGAUACGUUGGUCUGAUCGAGAACGUCACCACAGAAUGGUCGCACUCGGCCAAACUGUUGCUGGACGCGGGUGCUGUCUUCUAUAUCCGGACAACAGAGCCACAGAGCUUGAUGCACCUGUGUUCCCGUAACAACAUCACCGGUGUGUGCAGAAACCCUUUCAACACGAACCUCACGUCUGGAGGCUCGAGUUCCGGCGAGGGUGCCAUCACCGCGUUCAAGGGCUCUGCGUUCGGCCUGGGCUCCGACGGUGGAGGGUCCAUCAGAGCCCCGGCAGCGUUCUGCGGCGUGUGGGGUAUCAGAUGCACGGGCGGAAGAAGUCCAUUGUUGGGCAUGAUGACUGCGCACUCGAGUGGCCAGAACGACGGGUUCCCUGUUGUUGCCGGUCCGCUGGCCAACUCGCCGGAAGACUUGGAGCUCGGCUUGAAAGUGCUGCUGAACCAGCCGUGGAAAGACGACUCGUCCUUGCUUCCUAUGCCGUGGAAAGACGUGCCGCUUCCAAAAGUUUCGGACUUGACCAUCGCCAUCUGCUACGACGACGGAGUUGUCAAGCCAACUCCACCAAUGAUCAGAGGACUAAAAUAUGCAGCCAAGCAACUCGAAGCAGCCGGCGCCAAAGUCAUCGAAUGGGAUGCCUUGAAUGUGCUGGAGGUUGUCCAAGCCGUUCACCAUGUCUAUAAUGCAGACAAAAAUGCGGCUCAGAAGAAAGAGCUUGCUGCUUCCGGAGAGCCUAUUGUUCCGCUCACGUACAAUUGUUUGGAGUUUGGAUGCGGCGAUAACGGUAUCUCGCUUGUUGAUUCGUGGAAAAUCGCACAGUUCAGAGAUGAACAACGCAACCUGUACCUCAAGACAAUGAACGACAAGGGCGUGGACUUCAUUUUGAUGCCAACGUACUGCAACGUGGCACCAAAACCAGACACCUGCCAUUAUUGGGGAUACACCUGCAUGUGGAAUUUCCUGGAUUUCCCAGGUGUCAUUUUCCCUUCGGGACUUAGAGCAGACCCAGCUGUAGACGUUCCUGACUUUUCGGAACCAAGAUCAGAGAUAGAGAAGUAUGAGCACGACUUGUAUAAUACUGCUCCGGAGGAUUUCAAGGGAGCUCCUAUUUGCCUGCAGCUGAUUGGCAGACGGUGGUUCUGUGAGGACACCCUCAAGGCGGCAGAAGCUAUCAGUGGUGUGCUUUGA